AUGAUAGUUACCGUUACCGUCUCCUUUAUCGUCACCAUUACCGUCAUCGUUAUCAUCAUAGUUACCAUAAUAGUCACCGUUAUCAUCAACGUUAUUGUCACCGUUACCGUUACCGUGACCGUGAUCGUUACUGUUACCGUUACCAUUACCUUUAUCAUCACCGUUACCGCCAUCACGACAAUUAUCGUCACUCUUACCAUUACCGUCAUUUUUACUGUUACGGUUACCAUUAUCGUCAUUGUUAUCACCAAUAUCACCAUUAUCGUCACUAUUGUCAUUACCGUCACUGGUAUCGUUACCGUUACCAUAAUUGUGACCGUUAUUGUCACCAUUACCGUUACCGUGACCAUUACCAUUACCAUUUUAGUCACCAUUAUCGUUACUGUUAUCGUUACCAUCACCUUUACAGUUAUCGUUACCGUUAUCAUUACCAUCACCUUUACAAUUACCGUUACCGUCAUCGUUACCGUUACUAUCACCGUUAUCGUCACUAUUACCGUCAACAUCACCGUUACCAUUACCGUCACCGUUACCCUUACCAUCACUAUUACCGUUACUAUUAUCAAUACCGUCACCCUUAUCAUUAUCGUUACUACUACUGUCCGUGAUACCAAUAUCUUCACUCGUUAUUGUGAUCGUUAA